AUGGAAAACUUGUUCAGAGGACUUCCAGGGGUGGCAGUAUAUCUAGAUGAUAUACUUGUCACCGGUGAGUCGGCAGAGCAACACGACUCUAAUCUACGGUCAGUACUACAGAAGUUGUCAGAGUCGGGUUUGCGACUGAAGAGAGAGAAGUGUCACUUCCGGCUACCAGAAGUCAGGUAUUUGGGGUUUCGUGUAUCGGCUGAAGGCUUACAAGUAUUGGACGACCGUGUGCGGGUAAUCACAGACAUGAGCGCCCCUACGAGUGUUACGGAGCUACAGUCGUUCCUCGGACUAGUUACCUACUACAACCAGUUCAUUCCACAUCUGUCAACGGUACUGGAACCUCUCCAUAUGCUACUACGAAAAGGGCAAGCCUGGGUGUGGGGUGAACAACAAGAGGAAGCCGUGAACAAGGUUAAAGAGAUGUUAAGAUCCACGCCUGUACUGGUUCACUACGACCCUUCUCUGCCCUUGCUACUUACUGUGGAUUCCUCAUCAUUCGGACUAGGGUGCGUUCUAGCCCAUGUCAUGAAAGAUGGUACUCACAAGCCAAUAGCUUUCAAGUCCCGCAAGCUGACUUCUGCGGAGAGAAACUACUCGCAGCUGGAUAAGGAGGCUCUGGCAGUCCUUUACGGGGUCAAGAAAUUUCAUAACCCAGGAGAAGACUCUCCUUGCCCCGAAACUGUUCUGGCCAUGGAAACACUGGAUCGCUCACUAGUACCUGUGGAGCAAGUGAAGACAGGCACGGAUCAAGACCCAGUUUUGAGCAAGGAAGCUCAGAGUCCCCCUCCAGCUCCUCUGCAUCCUUGGGAGUUUCCUCCAAAGCCAUGGUACAGAGUCCAUAUGGAUUUUGCUGGCCCGGUAUUGGGCAGGAUGCUACUAGUUAUUGUUGACUCCUACUCCAAAUGGAUAGAGGUGCACGACAUGAAGAAAAUCACCGCCCAGGCAACUAUUGAGAAGUGUCGUCAGACUUUUUCCAUCCAUGGCCUCCCGCAUACUGUAGUAACUGAUAAUGGUCCUACAUUUAUCAGCAGUGCUUUUGAAUCUUUCCUACAAGCAAAUGGUGUAAGGUUAGUGCAUUCCUCCCCAUACCAUGCUGCGUCUAACGGACUUGCCGAGAAUGCGGUCAAAACUGUGAAAAAUGGCCUAAAGAAAAUGAAAUCCAUCGCUACUUUACGGGGAAAGUUAUCGAGAUUUCUUUUCCGCUACCGCAUCACCCCUCACACAACUACCGGUCAAACACCUGCUGAACUACUCAUGGGUCGCCUGCCUCGUUCAAGGUUGUCGCUGGUUCGUCCGGAUCUGUCAGAGAGAGUCAUUAUGAAGCAAUCGCGCCAGGUUUACGACCACGACAGGCGAUGCAGAGCGAGGAUUGUAACAGUUGGGGAUAACGUAUUUGUUAAAAACUUUCCUAGCUUAAUUCCUCGCUGGAUUCCAGGUGUGGUGAUGGAGCAGCUAAGUCCUCUCUCUUUCAGGAUACAGCUCCAGACGGGACGUGUGGUGCAACGCCAUUUGGAUCAUGUUAGACAACGCUUAGCAGACGUUCCGGAUGACUACCCUCGCCCAGUGGAAGACGGAGACGGACGCCACGACGAUGACCACACGGGGUUGUCGAUGACGGAGAAGGCAAUGAUUCAACCAGAUGGCAUGGGCGAGAUCUUACCGAAUCCAGUUUUCUCGCGGGAGGUUUGCGUACCACGACCCGCAGAGGAACAGAAGCCAGCAACCGAGGAGGAAGCGCCUGAUGAAGCUGGUGCUGCUGCUACGCCCGUGAUCGAGGCAGAGACAGGGGCUUCGCCACGCACAGGCUCACCGCAGCCGCGCAGGUCGGGUCGGACGACAAAAGGUGUACCUCCGCUUAGAUUAGGGUAUUAA